AUGCCUGGAAGUAAUCAUUUGUUAAACUUAGUGCUGAAUGUUUUUUUCACAGAUCAAUACUGGGAUGAAAAAGGACCAAUUUUCUUUUACACUGGCAAUGAAGGACCAAUAACUGGUUUCUGGGAAAACUCAGGCUUUGUUUUUGAAGCAGCUCAGAAGUUCAAUGCUUUGGUUAUUUUUGGUGAACAUAGAUACUAUGGAGAUUCCCUUCCAUUUGGUUCAUCCUCGUUUGAUCAUGAUAAAGUUGGUUACCUUUCAGUGGAGCAAGCCCUUGCAGACUAUGCUGUCCUAGUGACUGAUCUUAAGAUUCAGUUUAAAGCCACAGAGAGUAAGGUUGUUGCUUUUGGUGGCAGUUAUGGUGGAAUGCUGAGUGCUUACAUGAGGUUUAAAUAUCCUAAUGUGAUAGAUGUUGCCUUGGCAGCCAGUGCUCCAAUUUACAUGACCACUUUCCGUGGAAGUGAAAGAGACUUUUUCUUCACUGCAGUGACAGAGGACUUUUUAAAUGCUGAUGCCAAUUGUCCAGGGUAUGUUAUUACAGCUUUUGAAAUGAUUGAGAUGCUGAAAAAUCAAGGUGCAGAAGGACUUGCUGAACUCUCAAAAAUAUUUAAACUCUGCAAACCACUUAAGUCAACAGAACAG